AUGGAGAACUUCCAAGCAGUCAAAUACCUCGAAUCUCUACUGGGGAAAACACUCAGGAUUCAUACAACGGACGCAAGGCUAUUUGUGGGCACUUUCAAAUGCACAGACAAUCAGGAUCGAAACAUAAUCCUAUCCACAACCCACGAAUACCGCUACCCCGCUAUCCCAGAACAUGAACCUGCGAAUCUCACCAGAGAAGACGAUUAUACAGCUACGGGAAUCGUCAAGGCUGAUAUGAUUAGUCGCUACAUCGGCCUAGUAGUCGUCCCCGGUCAUUAUAUCACCAAAAUCGAGCUGGAUGAAUUUUCCGAAAAAAAAAACGGGAAUUCCCAGGCGCAGCAGGCUUGA